AGCCAUUCGCGGCGGAGGACUUUGAUACAUGUUGUCACUGACUACACAGAGAGGUGCAUUAAGUUAGCGGAAAUAUAAAAUCUAAACUAAUUUCUGCAAGAAUGACAGACUUGGGGAUUUCACUGGCACUAUUGGCCACAACAGUAUUUCUCUGCGAGGCGACGCGCAUACUGAUCUCGCGCCUCUUCUCUGGCAAGGAUUAUGCGAUUUACCUCGUGGAAAUUGUCUCGACCUACCAGCUCUGUGCAUGUACGCACGAACUCAAAGUCCUGGGCGAAGUUGGCAGAAUCGAACCGCAUAUAGCACUCACACUGACUUUCAUAAUCACGGUGGUCCACGUAAUAACUUUUCACGGGGCGUUCGCCAACCCAAAUGGUGCUAUCGAGAACGUUUACCGCAAGAAUAUCACAGGGAAAACUGCGGUGGCGCGCAUAACUUGUAUGUUUAUAGGUGGGAAAGCAGCGCAGCUCCUUGUGCCCCAUAUUUGGUCCUUGGGUCUAUCCGACCACCACCUCACGCACAAAAGGUUCGGAUUUAAAUGCUUCAGUCCCAUCAAUGGGUCCCUGUUGGAGGCCGCUGGUGUGGAGCUGGCUUGCACUUUCGCUGUCCAAGCCGCAGUCCUCCACAUUCAUAAACUGGACGAGAGAUUCCACGCCCCUGUCAUCGCUGCUGUCAUUACGUCACUGGUUUACUCAGGGGGUCAUAUUUCAGGGGCUGUUUUCAACCCAAUCAUGGCCUUCUCCGUCCUGUUCCCCUGCAGUGGACACACCUUCCUGGAAUAUGCUUUUGUCUACUGGCUAGGACCAGUCACAGGCAUGGCAAUGUGCAUCCUGCUCUUUGACAAAAUCAUCCCACUCCUAUCUGGGAAAAGCACAAUGGGCGUGGGCAUCCCUGUUGUCCAGAAGAAGAAGAUACAGUAACACAUGAGAUUAUGGCUUUAUUCCUCUGAGUAGGCUCCUUUAUAUAUGAUGGUGCCAGGGCGGCCAUUAGUAUUUGAUUAUUAUGGUCACCUUAUCAUGACUCGGUCUAAGGGCGUUCACACAUAUUAAGUCUUAACUUUGUGGUCACUGAUCACAGCACAAGUUCAAUUUAUGCUGCCCUAAAAAAGGGCCAUAAUAUCAGCUGUUGAUCAGUAAAACAUUUUUACUUAAAUUGAAGAUUUGAUGAAAAUGUGCUGAGAAAAGGCUCCCUGGACUUGGUCAUUAUGCAAUAUUUUAGUUAUUAGUGCAAGGUUACCUCUAAUGGCAUAACAUGUUCCUGUAUGAACCUAUCCAAAACUGUCACAACCUCAUGAAUUGAAAUUAACCUUAUACUCUGAAUGACUACACCAAUGGCAUACAGUGCAUUCAGAAAGUAUUCAGACUCCUUGACUUUUUCCAUUGUUACGCUAGCCUUUUUCUAAAAUGUAUUAAAAUUGUUUUUCCGCCCCUCAAUCUAAACACAACACCCCAUAAUGACAAAUCAAAAAACAGGUAGACAUUUUUUGCAAAUUUAUAAAAAUAGGGAAAUAUGACAUUUACAUAACUAUUCAGACCCUUUACUCAGUACUUUGUUGAAGCACAUUUAGCAGCGAUUACAGCCUUGAGUCUUCUUGGAUAUAACGUUACAAGCUUGGCACACCUGUAUUUGGGGAGUUUCUUCCAUUCUUAUCUGCAGAUCCUCUCAAGUUGUGUCAGGUUGGAUGGGGAGUGUUGCGGCACAGCUAUUUUCAGGUCUCCAGAGAUGUUCGAUCAGGUUCCAGUCCGGGCUGCUCAAUGACGUCCAGAGACUUGUUCCAAAUCCACUCAUACGUUGUCUUGGCUGUGUGCGUAGAGUCAUUGUCCUGUUGUCAGACUGGGACGAAGGUUCACAUUCCGUGCUGAGAGCUUUGGAGCAGGUUGUCAUCAAGGAUCUUUAUACUUUGCUACGUUCAUCUUUCGCUCGAUCCUGACUCGUCUCCCAGUCCCUGCCUCUGAAAAACAUCCCCACUGCAUGAUGCUGUGUCGUGGAAAUUCAUGUAUACUGUGAGAGAUUUGGACAAUUAUUCAAACAAGCAAUCUUUAACAUUGAUUCAUUAUUGCAAUAAUGAAGCUGGUCGACAGCACACUGAAGUGUGUUGCAUAGCGAUUAAACUUCCAUAGGAAUCCUGGUUCUUAUAUAGCCGACACUAAACUGCUUAGUCAUGGCUGGUUCCACCCCUCCCAUGCAGAUCAGGAGACUCAGACACUUUGGGUUCAUCUUGUGAUUAUCUGCACCUGGUGCCGUUUUAACCCACAACCCAGCUUUGUUUCUAAUCAUCCUUGUAUUUGGGCAACUGAGGGAUUUUGUUCUACUCCUCCAGGCUCUCUGUUACACCCUCCACAUCUUGUCUAUGGAAUGCAGUCUUUAGGUUUUAUCACCAAGUCAAACGGUCAUCUCAAGCUCUCUCUAGUUACCAUACGCUUAUAUUAGCUGGAGGGAGCUAGAGUGUAGACCAUAAAAACAUAUCAUUAGAACAGAAAUGUCCCACUCUUUCAAAUAUAUAAUUGUUAAAUAUCAAACAAAUCAUGUAAACAUGUAAUUUCUCACAGCUGCCACCGCACUUCACCGUAGGGAUGGUGCCUGGUUUCCACCAGACAUAAUGCCUGGCAUUCAGGCCAAAGAGUUCAAUGUCGGUUUCUUCAGACCAGAGUGUCCUUUAGGUGCCUUUUGGCAAACUCCAAGCGGGCUGUCAUAUGCCUUUUACUAAGGAGUGGUUUCCAUCUGGCCACUACCAUAAAAAGGCCUGAUUGGUGGUGUGCUGCAGAGAUGGGAGAACCUUUCCAGAAGGACAACCAUCUCCACAGAGGAACUCUGGAGCUCUGUCAGAGUGACCAUCGGGUUCUUGGUCACCUCCCUGACCAAGGCCCUUCUCCCCCGAUUGUGCAGUUUGGCCCGGCGGCCAGCUCUAGGAAGAGUCUUGGUGGUUCCAAACUUCUUCCAUUUAGUAAUGGAGGCCUCUGUGUUCUUGGGGACCCUUCAAUGUUUUGGUAGUGUUCCCCAGGUCUGUGCCUCGACACAAUCCUGUCUCGGAACUCUAUGGAGAACUCCAUCGACCUCAUGGCUUGGUUUUUGCUUUGACAUGCACUGUCAACUGUGGGACCUUAUAUAGACAGGUGUGUGGCUUUCCAUUUGAAUUCACCACAGGUGGACUCCAAGUUGUAGUAACAUCAAGGAUGAUCAAUGGAAACAGGAUGCACCUGAGCUCAAUUUUAAGUCUCAUAGCUUUGUCAGUGUGUAGAUUGGAGUACAUUUUUAUUUAAUCCAUUUUAGAUUAAGGCCGUGAUGAAACCAAAUGUAUAAAAAGUGAAGGGGUCUGAAUACUUUCCAGAUGCACUGUACCAUGUUGUUGCUGUGUGAACCUUAUACCCUGGAUGACUACACCAGUACAACAUACUCAAUAUGAGCAGAAUGAAAAGACAUGUCCCUAAGGGAGAGGCUAUACAGACACGCUGGUGCCCAAAUUGAUUACUUUUGUCUCGCAGCAAGAGCAGUGGCGACAAACAUUUGGUUCAGUCGGAAACCUGGUCUCAGACAAGAUGUAACAUAGUAAAUGAAAAUCCGAGACACUCAGAAUGAUAAGUAACAAGACAAAUGGCAAAAACAAAAAGUACGGUAGUUAUAUCGCAAAUGUCUACCAACCCAAAGGCUGAGUUUGAAUCAGAUAAAUUUUAGCUAAUUAGCAACUAACUAAUUUACUACUUUUCAUGUUAGGUUAAAGAGUUAGUGAACCCAUCCCCUAACUCCUGAACUUAGCCACCUAGCUAGAAUUUGUUUCAUACAUUUUGUAAAUUCAUCACAUACAGUAUGUUUUAGCAAAUUAUUAACUUAAUUGAAAUUUGUAACAUAUACAAAAUUGGGAAUGGACAUUCAAACAUAACAUAUACUAAAAUGCAGUGUCUCGGCUUUACAUACAAAAUAAUAAGAUUCUCUGACCACAGCUCAGCAGCAGCUAGUCGUCCUGAGCCCUUCAGCUAGUUUAAUGAUUGUGGCUAGUAACUUAAGCUAGAAUUUGAAACUUGUCUGACUAAGUUAGGACUUGGGAGUUUUCAGAAGCAUCCAGUUAAAUCGGAGUAAUAGUUUAUUUAAUAAAAACAUAUUUGCACGUUAGAUGUUCACUACAAUAAAAAUGUGCUUUAGUGUAGCCAAUCAGGCCAGGGUGACUGCUAUCUAGUGAGCAGUGUAGGUAGACUGUUUUACGGUAACAUCCAGAUGGUUACGACGAAUGUUACAAGUUAAUUCUCAUGUAGGCUGCCAUCCUCCUCAAAAUAAAAUCAAGUGAGGAAACAAAUUGGAGAUCGUGACCAAAACAAGUUCUCCCUCGUCCAUUGACAAAACAGCACAUUUGUUUACAAGAGCUUAUCAGGACGACUGACUGAACCAAACCCAUGCCUCUACACUCGACUCUCAGCUGCGUGACAUACAGUGCAAUGCAAAAGAAUUCACCCCUUCGGUGCUUUUCCUAUUUUGUUGCAUUACGACCUAUAAUUUAAAUGGAUUUUUAUUUGGAUUUCAUGUAAUGGACAUACACAAAAAUAGUCCAAAUUGACGAAGUGAAAAAAUGUACUUGUUUCAAAAAUGUCAAAAAAAUAAACAGAAAAGUGGUGCAUGCAUAUGUAUUCACCCCCUUUUGAUAUGAAUCCCCUAAAUAAGAUCUGGUGCAACCAAUUACCUUCAGAAGUCACAUAAUUAAAUAAAGUCCACCUGUGUGCAAUCUAAGUGUCACAUGAUCUCAGUAUAUAUACGCGUUCUGAAAAGCCCCAGAGUCUGCAACACCACUAAACAAGGGGCAGCACCAUGAACAAGGAGCUCUCCAAACAGGUCAGGGACAAAGUUGUGGAGAAGUACAGAUCAGGGUUGAGUUAUAAAAAAAAUAUUCUUAACAUCUCACAGAGCACGAUUGAAUUCAUUAUUAAAAAAGUGAAAUAAUAUGGCACCACAAACCUGCCAAGAGAGGGCCUCCCACCAAAACUCACAGACCUAGGCAAGGAGGGCAUUAAUCAGAGGCAACAAAAGAGACCAAAGAGAACCCUGAAGGAGCUGCAAAGCUCCACAGCAGAGAUUGGAAAGAGUGGCAAGAAAAAAGCCUUUGGGGCAGUGACUCAAGUUCACGCUCAAGUUCUGUUAGUCGUAUUUCUUGUUUGUUUCACAAUAAAUAAUAAAGGCAUGUGUAAAUCAAAAUGAUAAACAUACAACAAAUAAAUCUUAAUUCCAGAUUGUAACGCAACAAAAUAGGAAAAAUGGCCGGGGUGAAUACUUUCACAAGUUACUGUACAUCCAUUUGGGCGCUAGGCCUCUCCCUAAUGUCAUUAUUGUGACAUACCUCAGUAGAAAGAAAUUCUGCAUCACAAAUGGAGCCAGGCGUUUGCAGCCCCUCAAGUUUAAUAUGAACUUUGUUCCAAACGAUGGAGUACCUUAAUCUUUGCAUGUGUGCUGGUUUUUCACCAAGAUUCAACUGUCCCAUUUUAGUGGAGUCAUGGUACCAUUCCGGGGGAAUAAAUGUGUCUAAAAACAAGGGUUGAUGAUGAUUAGACAUUUAAGGGGUCAUAUGUUCAUGUCAAACAAUGCAUUAUAACUGCAAAGGUCAGUUUGCUCUUUGGCAGAAAGAGAGCAAACUCAAAAUGUUUAGGCAUUACCUUAGUGCAGUUACAUAAAAGUGAGUCUUUGAAAUGGCAUCCUAUUCCCUAUAUAUAGUGCACUACUUUUGACCACAGCCCUAUAAGCCCUUGUCAAAAGUAGUGCACCACACACAGACACACUAGUGAAUAGAGUGCAGUUUAGACAGUCACAGAAAACAAAACAAAAAUUCCUCUACUCAAUCACUACUCCACUUCUAUACAUGUUGAUUGUAGAAUGAAUUCUACAAUGCUGUUUGGCCAGCAGUACCUCAGUAGCUUCUCAUGCCAAAGAAAAGUAUUCCAUUUGUUAAAUGAUGCAUGGAGAUUGUUUUGUUCUUUAAGAGAGCCGUCUUGCUCUUAGUGGUGAUUGUGCUACAUAAUUCAAAAAUAAACUUUUUUUAAA